AUGCGACCCAUGCCCUCCACCGUCCGUUCCGACCUGGACGACCCCGCCUGGAGAAUGCAUGAUCUGUGGAUGUGGGCCACCAACGACGAAGCCUCCUUCUCCCACCACUACGACGUCGCGAGUUCUCUGUCCGCAGACCAUUUGUGGACCUUGUUCUCCUGGUUGCGCACCGACCCCAACCAAGCCCAUUAUCACAUCCCCUCCUACGCCUCCUAUCGUAUGCUCCCCAUUGCCGUGCACUCCUUGUGGGACGGGUUCGUCACCAAGUUAUUCUUACACGUCUACGGCCAUUUGUCCCACAUGUAUUUGCGUCCCCACGAAACCCCCAGUCACUCCAACCACGCCUCCUAUCGCAUGUCUCCCGGCACCCUGCAAGCCUUGUGGGACGGGAUCAACUUCGACUCUCACGCAGGCGCCGACCGCGAUUUGCCCAACCUGCACUUGCGUCCCAACGAAGCCAACUGCGACCGUCCCUCGACCAUCUAUUACCCUCCAUCGUCGAGACGAGGACGAAGAUUGCGGUGGAGUUCAUCCCUGCGCUACGGUCCUCUGUCCCCCGCUAACCAACCCGGAAACGACGAUCCUACCCGGAGACAAGUGUCCCAGCUGCAAAUGCGUACCAAUCAGACCCUCCAUUACGAAGCUCCCGCCGCCUGA